AUGAUAUCUUGUGGAUUUCGAAUUUUGUUUUGGGCGUUAUGUGUUUUCCUUCUCACUCGACUCGCACUCCCAGACAGAUCCUAUCAUAGAGGCUCUAAAGCUUUACGUUUCGAUUUCAUCGCAGAACACCCGCCAGAACCUGCGUCACUUUUCCAUCAUAACAUCCUAACUCUGCCACGCGGAUUGACUGCCACUCAUCCAGACCGAUCAUUCAAGUUCAUGUUUAACCGACUCAAAGGUCUUACCACGGGAUCUCUACCCACCUUCGUGGAUGUAGGAGGAAAAUUUGGAGGCUCUUCCAUCCAUGAAGAUUCUAUCAUACAUCAGCUAAACGCUGCAGGCAGGAAGCUCUCGCUGGUAAUGACACUUGGCUCACCCUUUAAUUUUCCAAACGCCUUUCAGCCAAACAUGUUAUUUCCCUUUGACUCCUUCAACGUCGAAGAUCUUCACACUGUAGACCAAGGCGAUUUCACCAUUGGUCACGGUUCAGGCGUCGACCAUGCAGGUCACAGAGUCGGCCCAGAUCAUCCCAUGAACACUCUUUUGCGCGAUAUCGUUGCAGCUAUGGACGAUGAUGCCCUCCUUUGCCAACUAUCUCCUUACUCUUCGGUCUCGUCAUCCAAUUCAAUAAACCUCGGAACCGUCAUUCCAGAACUUUUCGAUCGAGAUUCCGACGGUUCAUCUUUGCGGAAAGCCAUAGGACACAAUGCAGCUCAGAUCGAAUGCUAUCUCAAUGCUUAUCGAUCUAGCUCAUCCAGUAAGGUGCUUGGUGCUGCCUGGCGUGAUUUCUCCCUCGCCUGGGAUAUAAAUGCGAUGGACGGGAAUCACCGUCUCAUUGUGCUUGAUAGCUUUACUCGUUUGGCGUUAUCCGCUUGUCGUGUUCUUCGGGCUCACAUCGUCGCCGGCUGGGUGUUGUGCUCCAAACUCCGAGAUAUUGCGGACGUCAAGUGGGAAAAGUGGAUGACAAAAUCUGGUGGUUGUUCAGCGCCUCUGUUGUGGGAUCUGCCCUAG